AUGAGUUAUCAGCUUUCUUUCUUGCUAUCUAUCUUUCGCAGUAUUUUCAACUCUCUCUCUCUCUCUCUCUCUCUUUCUAUUAAUCUAUCUAUCUCGACCUGUUCAUAUCUAUCUAUAUCAGUCUUUCCUUUUUCUUUAUGCCUGUUUCAGCCAGUUAAUAUCUAUCUAUCUAUCUAUCUAUCUAUCUAUCUAUCUAUCUAUCUAUUCUUUAUUGAACUUUUUUUCUUUCAAUUCUCCGCUAUCUAUCUAUCUAUCUAUCUAUCUAUCUAUCUAUCUAUCUAUCUAUCUAUCCCAGUCUGUUCAGUAUCUAUCUAUCUAUCUAUCUAUCUAUCUAUCUAUCUAUCUAUCUAUCUCAGUCUGCUCAAUAUCUAUCUAUCUAUCUAUCUAUCUAUCUAUCUAUCUAUCUAUCUAUCUAUCUAUCUAUCUAUCACAGCCUGCUUAGUAUCUAUCUAUCUAUCUAUCUAUCUAUCUAUCUAUCUAUCUAUCUAUCUAUCUAUCUAUCUAUCCUUCUUCAAAUACUAUUUCUCUUACUUUCUCUCUCUCUCUCUCUCUCUCUCUAUCUAUCUAUCUAUCUAUCUCUUUCUCAAUCUCUCUCAGUCCAUUCAUCUUUCAUUUUUUCAUUCAUCUAUCUAUUUUUCUAUGUUUGUUCAUAUUUGCUGUCACAUAAUAAGUAAUUCUUUUCAUUAA